UCCGUGAACUCCAUCCAGAAAUUAUAGCAGAACAAAUUUUAACCAAUUUCAACUCGAACAAUGGCCUCAACUCAGGAACGAGAUGAAGAUUUAAAAGAAACUCAAGAACCGGGUAAUGAAGAUGUAGAAAAAGAGAUUGAAGAGAUUAUUGUAGUAGUGCCUCCCAGGGAUGAUUAUCGUCUCCACACUGUCAGGAUUAACGGCUUCGGAAUUUGGAAGGGUUCGUGGGGGAAAUGGAGUUGUCCCAUCAACGAAUCCAAUGAGUUUGUAUCCUCUCAGAACUGGCUUGAAGAGGGUUUUCCAGAGAAUGUAAUUCGUCUCAGUGAGUUUCAGUGUGAUGAGAUGAUUGAUAUGAACGUUUUGAAGAGUAUUAAUGUCAGCCAUUGGAAGAGAUAAGUUGUCGCGGUAGCGUUGUUUUCAGGAUCUCUGGCUGAUACCAACACAAGAAUUGGUUUUGGUGAAUCUUCCACAAAAACGUGUGGAGUUCAAUCUGUCUAUUUAUAGAGUUGUACAUAUACAAAGUCAGUUUUACAGAUUCUAUUUUUCAGGAAAGUUACAACAUUAAAUGGGAAAUUAUUUAGGAAGAUUAGACUCAGUUGUUGUGGUCAGCUGAACUAGUCAGUUCAGAGAUUGUAGCGUUUCUGGUAGAGCUAGCCUUGACAGUAUGUAAGAUCGAAAAUGGUUCAAUCAAUCUUCAAAUCGUCAAACCGAAAAGAUGAAGAGGAAAAUAAUUCAUGGCUUUGUGAUGAUUCUCGCUCUAAUCCUGAGAUUCUAUCUUAUCUCAAUGGAAAAAAUUCAUAGGUUGAUUUCUUCAUGGAAGGUAUUAUUAAUCUUAGUUAGAUCUCAUUUGGAUAUCAAAAUUAUCCUGAUUAAAUUGAGUAUUGAUAACUGAAAUCUAGUUUACAAUCGUUUUCUCAAUUUUUGAUGGGGACUAAAUAUAUGGAAGAUGAAGAAGUAGAAGUUACACAGAGAGAAUCACGUGAUUGUUUCCCUACGUGGAUUAUGUAUUUUCAUAUUUUCUUGUUUUAUGCACAGUAAGGCGUGCCACGUAUGACAGGAGCAGAGCAUUUACGUUGUUUUAUGUCUAUUUACUAGGAUACGACCCGUGCCGUAACGGCCCGGGUUUCUAUUUCAUGUUAAAAAUAAUAUUUUUUUUUUUCUUUCUUGCAAUACAUGUAGGUUAUAAACCUAUAUAAAACUCAUGGGGAGUUGAUUUAGACA